UAAUAAGGAUUUUCAUUAUAAAGAUGAUGAAAUAGAUAUAACUAUAAAAGCUGGCCAGCAUAUUUGGAUUCCAAUAGUUGGUUACCAUAUGGAUGAGAAAUAUUAUCCGGAUCCAUUAAAAUUCGAUCCAGAGAGAUUUAAUGAUGAAAAUAAGACAAAUAUUACUCCGUUUACUUAUUUGCCAUUUGGUGUUGGACCAAGGAAUUGUAUUGCUAAUAGAUUUGCAUUGAUGGAGGCUAAAGCUAUGAUGUUUCAUCUUGUUGGAGAGUUCGAAAUCAAACCAUCACCGAAAUCUACCAUACCAAUGGUUUUGCAAGCAGGAGUUGCCAAUUCGGUACCAAAAAAUGGAUUUUGGUCAAAGCUAGUUCCAUUGAAACCUUAGUUUUAUUAGAAAAAGUAUCACACUUAUAAAAUUAAUCUCAAGAGCCUGAAAAAGAAGCUUUAAAU